GACAGCGCUCCGUAACAAACUCCGCUCAAAGACGCAAAAUUAUUGUGUUGGCUCUUUUCACCGGAUAGAAAAUGAAAUAACUUUCACCUUUUGUCCAUCGUUUCUCUUUCUUUUCCUUUUCUUUGAUUAAGUGGAACGAACAGAACCGCAUUGCUCGAAGAAAUUAGAAGAAGCUGUUACUUAAGAGUUUGGAUAAACAGUUUAGUCAUCUGCCAAACUCCAUUUAAAAAUGUGGCAAAUUAAUGUUUCGCUUUAGUUUUCAGCUCGAAUAGGUAUCAACAUUAUUCAGUAAAAUAAUUUUUCCUAUUUGAAUUACUGGAGGAACGAAAAGAUGACUUAAAACGCUGUUCUUAUAUUAAAGAUUCACAAGCUGUUUGUGAAGAUUAUUUUAUAUUUACACCAACCUCCUUUCGAACAAAUCUGAAAUUAAUGUCUCAUGUUUGGACUAAAACCAUGAAUUCAUUCAACUGAUACUUGAGUGAAAAACGGAAAUCCUGGACAAGUUUUAGUGUAGAAAAUAAGACAGAUUUAGCAGCUGUGGCAUUCAGUGAGCUGAGUGAAAAUGAGACUUUCAGGACGAUCGGGCCUUUUGUGCCUCGUCCUGUAGACUUCCGGUCUGAUGUGUCUUUAUGUAAAUGUUCAGUGCUGUUCUGAGUCUGGGGGGGCGUUUGUGUUGCAGACAUGUCAGUGCACGUGAGCUGCCUGUCGUUUCGGCAGCCGUAUGCCGGUCUGGUCCUGGAUGGGGUGAAGACAGUGGAGAGCCGCUGGAGGCCCGUGUUGGCCCCUCUGGAGAACCGGACCCUGGCAGUCCACAUCGCCCAGCGAGACUGGGAGGGGGAGGAGUGGAGGGCGGUGCUGAGUGGCCCGCUGGGAAUGAACCAGGCUCAGAUCCGAGCAGUCCUAGAAUCUGGAGAGAGGUUCGGUCGUGGCGUAGUGGCAGGGUUGGUGGAUGUGGGAGGGACCUGGCUGUGCCCUGCCUCCCUGCAGGGGGAGGAGCUACAGAACCUGGAGCGGUCGGCCGUCUUGAUUGGUCUGCAGGAGAAACACCUGACUCACCUUUCCAACCCACGCUGGCUGAAGAAGCCGCUGAGCGUCCGAGGAGGUCGGAAUCUCUGGACCGUGGAGAUCCCUGCUGAGCUGUUACCAUGACGAGGAUGACACAGAAGCUGAUAAACUGUUCAUGAUGGAUUGUGGCGAAUCCUGAAAACUUGAUCCUGACUUUUCAACUGUUAGCCUGCUAACAUGCUAAUGAUGGUGUCUGUCUGCAGACUGAGUAAGAGUCACUGACAGAGUUAAACCCUCUGAUCCAGAUGUUUCCACUGGAGGGUGACAUUAAACCUGUUUCUUUGUUAGUUUUUGUGUCAGUUUUUGAUGCACUCUGUUCUGGUUUUCUCAGUGAGCCCAUUAACUGGUAUCCUGGUUCAGAUCAGGGUUCUGGAGGAUCUGUGUUUGACGUUUUCAGACCUCCAUGUCUGGACCACGGUUCAUGUUUGUUUCAUUGUAGACGUAGUUUUGAAGAAGACCUACCUGUCAUCUCCACCUGUGUGGGCUCCAUCUCUACUCUGUGUUGGUAGUUUGGCAGGUAGCCGCUGUCACAGUUUGAAGGAACAUUGCAUUCGCUGUCAGUCACAGCAGGAUGAGUCAGGACGUGACGAAGACACAAACGGCAGUAAACUAACCAGGAUGUAAAAGGUCAUGUGACUGUUGUCACUGAGGGCAAAAAAAAAUCCUCUGCUGAUCAAACAAACUUUAUUCACCCAGUAACAAAAACGAACCACCAGUUUGAACACAACAUCAACACAAAUAUAUCCCAUCAUCAAUAAACAGAGACUGACCGCUGCAGCCCGGACCCCGCCCCCUCUCUUUCAUUGGCUGGAUGUAGUUUGAAAAAUAAACUGAACUGACAAUUUUAACAAAUUUAACAACAAUUUCUGUUGGACCACAUCAACUGCUGCGUUGCCACGGUAUCAGCAGGGAGGCACCGCACCCCUCUAACGAACUGAUCACUAAUGAGUUAAAUUAACACACGACUUUGCAAAAGUCUGAACAAACUAAUGUUUCAAACCGGAAGUGACGCUGUGGCGCUUGUGCUUUUCACUGUUCUAAACCAAACGUUUUAGCACUUGUUCAAAAAAAAAAGAAAAGAGGGCAUUUUAGCCACAAGCUAACAGCUAGCAUGUGCAGAACUGCUGGUUCUCCCACUCAGUGUGAAGCUAACAUGCUAACGCAGGAAAACCUUGAUGCCAAAAUGCAGACGUUCCAUCAGUAGGUCACUUUCAUCAUUUAUCGCAUUUUUUAACAUAAAUUUAAAGUUUUUUUUUUCGUCAUGUUUUUAUUUUUGUGUUUAUUUAGAAAUUCUUAGUUUUGUCAUCUGAAAAGCUUCCACUUGAGAUACAAGGUUUUCCUGCUG